AUGGCACAAGACAAGCGCGCUGUGUGUAAUAAUCCCUCAGUUCUCGCUGAAGAACACAUUUUCGAUACCGUAGAUCAUAAGUUAUUCCCAAUUAACUGGGUCGAGCAGAUUAUUAACCAAAGCACGAAACAACGCAAGUGCAACCUCGAAAAGGCGCUGUACAUCACCACUGCCCGCCUCGAUGGCAGAUCAGUGAUUACGUAUGAGCUUGAGUGGGCAAAACAAGUAGCUCUCGAGGAAGAGGAACUGGCCAUAAUGGAGAUGGUCGGAAUAGUUGAGAAGGAUGACAAGAAUGCCAAGUGGAAGGCGAGAUGGAAGGAAUUCAGGAUGCCAGAAACUUCGAGGCAGAAGGGAACAGAGCCGCAUCAAGCAACAUCCUUCAAGGACAAAGAGAAGAAGCAAGCUCGAGAUCCAGAGCUGGAGCCGCAACAAGCAAACCAAUUCAAGGGCAAGGGCAAGGGCAAGGGCAAGGAGCCAGCUGAAGCUCCAUCUCCACUUCCGGACCUAAACCCCUCUAUAAAGUGGCCCCAUAAGCACACAAUCGCCAAGAAUGCGCUAGACAGAGCGAGGAAGCCGGAGUCCAACUGUCAGAUUGUGAUGGGUUAUCAAAGACGGGGAUAA